UCAACAAAAACAACUAAUUUCUUAACCAACAGAAGGCACCAUUCUUAGCUUGAAUCUCGCUUUUCUCUCAUUUUUCCUCAUCAGUCCACAGCCACCAUUUUCAAAACUCCUCUUAAUUAAUUCAUCCCUCUCUUUUUCUUUACUGUAGAGAAGAUUAAGAUCAAUACUUUGUUUUUUGUUUUUUUGCUCGCAAAAAGCAGGUUUCUGAUAGGGAAAUUUUGCGAUUAAGUGAUGCGAGCAAAAUUUUGAAGAAAUUAAUUGAUGGCUGCUGCUGUUAAGCGAGUGAUUCCAUUAGGUGUUAAUUAUGGAAUUAACUUAUCCAAAUUACGAGGAAAUUAUAAUGUGUCCAAUUUUCCUGCAGCUUCCUUACUUGUAAAUAGAUCCCAAUAUUGCACCGAUGGCUAUAAUGUCAAAUUUUACGGUUCGCGAUCUUCGAAAUCUUUUGCUCAUAACAAGUUUGAUUAUAGGAAGAUGUCGCAGCUGGUUAAAGCUAAUGGCAAGCGUGCAUUUCUCGUUGAUACCUUAGCUCUGGUUAAGAGUUUAGAAGCACAAGGUGUACCUUCAAAGCAAGCAGAGGCAAUAACAUCUGCUAUCACCGAGGUUCUAAACGACAGCUUGGAAAAUAUCGCUUCUUCUUUCGUUUCACUAGCUGAAAUGCAGAAAUCUGACUUGGUACAAGAAGCCAAUCUUUCCAAGUUCAAAUCCCAAAUACAAAGUUCUCAGGAAAAUCAUUUUUCCCUGUUGCAACAUGAAACUGAAAAGCUUCGGAAUGACAUUGAAAAAGUGCGUAGCGAAUUGAGGUAUGAGAUUGAUAAACUUACUGCUGGUCAACGUUUGGAUUUAAAUCUCGAAAGAGGAAGCAUUCGUGAUGAGCUCGCCAAGCAGAAUGCAGAAACCACCAACCUUACUAACAAGCUAGAUCGAAACCGAUUGAGUCAGUCGUAUGGACUGAUCGAGACGGCAAUGCUUCGAUCGAAAGGUAUCUACGUAAGGUCAGGUCGAGGUUCGAAGAAAGGGGCUUCAGGAUUCGAGCUCCAAGUACGAUCAAGGACCAGUUCGGUAUCAUUAUCGGGCCCAUGACUAAAUCUAACCACGAGACAAAAGGUUGUCGGAGAUGCACAGACCGACCAACACCCACCCCGAAUAUCAAGACUCCGAGUCAGGAUCGAGCUCGAGUCAAGGCCAAUGGCUCGACCUGAUAUCGAGUUCGAAUCAGUAUCGAAGCUCAUAGACAAGGCCGCUACAGCCGCACUAAGGGAGAGAAUCCUAGCUGGAAGUAGGGAAAAGACAAUAUAUCAUGGGCUCUCCACUACGUAUUUUUUAUUGUUGUAUAUAAAGUAGGAUCCCUCUACUAUAAAGGAUGGAUGGAUUGUAAGUAGAGGAAGAUUGGAACAAAAGAUUUCUUGCAUAUUGAAAGAUAUCCCGUUAUGUUUAUUUCCCUUUAUCUUAUUCA